AUGCUAUAUCUUCAACAUAUAAAUCUUUGCAACCGUGUUGGUGUACUUGUGGAAAGGGGAAAUACUUUGGAAGAUUAUGGUGACUGGAAAUUUGAAGAGAGGUUUCAUCUUUCAAAAGAAACAGUGUGGUGGUUAUUUGAUCAAAUCCACGAUAGGUUACAAUUUCCAACUUACCGAAAUAAUACGGUCUCGCCCAUGAACAGACUUCUGAUGACAUUAAGGGCAUAUGCAACUGGAGCGUUUAAUAUAGCGAUUGGUGACAGUGCUAACGUACAUUCUACAAUGGCACAAAGAAUUAUAAGUGAAGUGUCAGGAAUUAUAGCAACAAUGUCUCGUCAAUACAUCAAGUUUCCUUCUCGAGUGGAAGUACGCUCUGUGAUGGAUGGUUUCACCACACCGACUCGAUUUCCUAUAGUCAUUGGUACAGUGGAUUGCAGUCACAUAAGGAUUCACACAAUAUUUCAUAAUUGCGCUCGAAGGGCACAGUUUGAAGAUGGUGAAAUACCAGUUGGUCACUUACUAGGAGAUAGUAGCUAUUCAUGCAGACCUCACUUAUUGAUAGCACUUUCAAAUCCACAGAGUGUGGCAGAGCACCGAUAUAAUAGGUCUCACAUUACAACAAGGAACACUGUAGUGAGAUAA